AUGGCUGGGGACCUUGGGACCAUCCAGAGGCAGGACCGGGACCAGGGUCUUCUGGGAUUCAGCCAGUCCCUGGGUGAUGAGUGGCUAGGCAUCAAAAAGGCUCUGCAGAGUGAGCAGGCCACAGCAUGUCCUCCGCUGCGCACAACAGUCUGUCAGACAACCCUCGCUGGUCCCUUCUGUCUGCCCCAGGCUGGGCACCUAAGCAACACUCUGCUUAGAGAGGCCUUGUUCUCCAGCGUGAUUGGGCCCGCACUGCUCUGUGGCUUUCUCUUUUUGGCGUGGGUGGCUGCCGCAGUUCCAGAGGACAGCAGCGGAAUGGCCGGGAGCGGAGCCAGGAGCCAGAAGCGCACCUUCACCCCAGAGCCUUUUGAUGGAGCCAAUGUAUCUCCUCAACUCUGGCUGCAUCGCUUUGAGGUCAUCAAUGACCUCAACCAUUGGGACCACCGCACCCAGCUAAGGUUCCUGAAAGAGUCCCUCAGUGGAGACGCCCUGGAGGUGUACAAUGGACUCAGUCCCAAGGACCAGAGGAGCUACGGAGCUGUGAAAGAGGCUCUGCUGAAGGCCUUCGGGGGCGCUGGGGCAGCCCACAGCCACCUGCCCAAGGAGAUUGUCUUUGCCAACAGCAUGGGUAAGGGCUACUACCUCAAGGGAAAAAUUGGCAAAGUACCCGUCAGGUUCCUGGUGGACUCGGGGGCCCAGGUCUCUGUGGUUCACCCGAGCUUGUGGGAGGAGGUCACUGAUGGCGACUUGGACACCCUGCGGCCCUUUGAGAAUGUGGUAAAAGUGGCCAAUGGGGCGGAAAUGAAGAUCCUGGGCAUCUGGGAUACAGUGGUGUCGCUGGGUAAACUGAAGCUCAAGGCCGAGUUCCUGGUGGCCGAUGCCAGUGCUGAGGAAGCCAUCAUUGGGACCGACGUGCUCCAGGACCACAACGCCGUCCUGGACUUCGAACAUCGCACCUGUACCCUGAAAGGGAAGAAGUUCCGCCUUCUGCCUGUUGGAGGGUCCCUGGAAGAUGAGUUCGACCUGGAGCUCAUAGAGGAGGAACCCUCAGAGGAGGGGCGGCAGCAGUCCAAAUGA